AUGCCAGGUUUGUGCAGCUCAUUUAAGGUUAACUGCUCCAAACCAGACCAACCGAGCCUGCUGGCAGCUCUGAGCCCUGUCUUUGACCUGAUGGCUAUCCGGCCCGUAAUGAACCAAACCACACACACAACCAUCACCAUGUACUUCACUCUGUACGGGAUAUUAGGAGUGGACGAAAAGUCUCAAGUCCUCACCACUUACCUUUGGAUGCACUUCUGGUGGACGAGUGAGUUUAGCAGGUGGGACCCAGCUCAGUGUGGCACGAACAACAUUUCAAUUCCCAAAGAGAAGAUCUGGCUUCCAGAUAUUGUCAUCAAUGAGUUCAUGGAAGAAAACAAAGCACCGUCUAUACCAUACAUGUACCUGUUCAGUGAUGGUAGGGUACACGAAGCUCUUCCACUCAGAGUUGUUAGCUCCUGUAAUCUCGACAUCUAUGCCUUUCCCUUCGACAUACAGAACUGUUCCCUAACUUUCAACUCCUACAUCUACUAUGCGAUUGAGCUUAAAAUAAUUCUUGGACGAGACGCAGAAUUAAUGACCGUAUUCUCUAAGGGCGUAAUGACCACCAUGGGUGAAUGGACACUGGUGGACAUCACUGCACAGAAAAUAGAGAUAAAUGACAAGUCGGGUCUUUACCCAGACAUGCUUGCAUUUUACAUCCGAGUGCAGCGCCGCUCCAUCAUGUACGUAGUGACCCUGCUGCUCCCCAGCUGCUUCCUCAUCACGUUGGACCUCUUCAGCUUCUUGCUGCCUCCUGAGAGCACAGACAGGUCCUCCUUCAAGAUGACCAUCAUCUUCGGCUACACGGUGUUCCUGCUCAUGAUGAACGACCUGCUGCCCAUCACCGGAAACACCAUACCUCUGAUAAAUGUGUUCUUCUCUCUUUGCCUGGUCCUGAUGGUGGCCAGUUUGCUGGAGACCAUCUUCAUCACCAACAUAUUGAUCAACUCAUCCGACUUCUCUCCCGUCCCUCGAUGGAUUCGGAUUCUUGUUCUGAAUGUCCUUGGCUGUCUCGUUUGCAUGCCGCGAAGGAGAGAGAAACCAGAGGGUUCAGGUACAGAAGCUGCAGAAGGCAAGGCAAAUCCAGGAACAACAAACAGAUUUGAUGUAAAUCCUCUUGAAACGGGGGAACCAUCUGAGGAAGACGAGGCCCUGAUGGAGCUGAAGAGCCUGAGCCUCGCCCUGCAGGCCAUCCGCUGUGAGGUGGAGCAGCAGCACAAAGGGAAGCAGAGCUCUGAGGAAUGGAUCCAGGUGGGUCUCAUCAUUGACCGCCUGCUGUUUGGCCUCUACAUCGUCUUCAUAUCAGUCAGCUUCAUCACCAUCAUCAUCCUCUGGGUUAACUCCUGCAGUCAGUAGAAUAAUGCAUGUUAGAGGGACUUACUUUUACUCAGAAGGUUUUUGCAGAAUUUUGUAAUUUUUUGGAGAAUUUUAAACAUUGACUUAUUUCAGGAAUGAUGUGAUGCAAUAUGCAAUAUAUUAAAAAGUUACACAAUUGUUUUGAAUAAAUAAUGUAAUAAUUGAUUUAUUGGAUCUAUAUUUUGCUUAAUAUAUUAAAUCGCUGAAGAAACACAGUAAUAGUAUCAAUGACUUCUACACAAUACAUAGUUAUAGUUAAGUAACUAUAUGUUUUCUCAAUUUUUAUGUAAUAUAUUCCACUUUUAAAUGUUAUUUAAUGCUAUUCUUUCAUAGAAUAUAUUAUAUAGACAGAUUGAAAAUGAUUUGUAUUGAUAUUGAUUUUGAAUCAUGUUUGUUUCUUUGCAUUUUAUACUGACUGUUAUACAUUAUGAUACAUGAUAUGAUUAUGAUAUGAUAUGUUAAAUUCCUGAAUACUUUGAGUGUUUUGAUCUCUUACAUGUUACUGAAUGUUGACUGUUUAAAGGUGUAAAGUUAAAUGAGAACCUGGACAUUU